AGUCAGUUUUAUGAUGGUAGAAUUUACAUCAUCUCUAUUUGAAGAGUUCAUUUGCAACAUGCAAAAUGCCACAGCUACUCUUCCUGAGGUCCAACAGAAUUAUAUAUAAACAAGAAAACAGGAAAAUAUUGUAAAAACAAAGGAAAACAAAAGCCACGUGAGCGUUCCUCACAUUUUGAUAUACACAUUGUGAGAAACUAUCUUGUGCAUUAUCAUUUCAUUAUUAUAUUUUCUGUAUAUAUGUACAUAUAUUUCAACCAUAUAUACAUGUCAUAUAUACAGAUCUGCCUACACUAUACUAUACUAUACUAUACUAUACACAUACAGAUGUGCUACCUUGACACAGCAUCUGUCCUGAAGCUGAGCUAACUGACUAGCCGAUGCUAAAGAAUCAGACUUUAAACGUCUCUCCACAUCACCCUGCAGAUGUUACAGGAUGUAGUUUGCUAUUGUGAACAUUUUAUUAGCCACGUACUUGCCAAACAAACUGGAUAGACACUUAUUUUAUUUUGCUGCAGAACAAAAUGUUGUUUUUUUGGCGUCUACUCGUUCAGGUCAGUCGUAAAAGAGCAAAGAGGAGGCAGACGUUAGAGUCGAAACCGAGCUCCUGUGAAGGACGUUUGUUGAGCCUGUCACAAUGUGCUGAGCCAACCCUUUAAGCAACUGAAAGCAAACAGAGAUCACGUUCUGGUAAACAUUAUACUUACACCACAGGUUCCUGCUGUGUUAUGUCAUUAAAAUGAGAUUAACUCAUGUGCUCGCCAUGACCUUUUAAAGCCGCAGCGCUCGCUUAUCGCAGCCGCAAAUCACCGCCUUUUAAACGGUUGUUGAGAGAAUCACAUGAAAUUCAAAUAUGUUUCUUAAAUUGUGGAUUUUAUCUCGUGCAUUUGUUGUUGUACGUUUUAUGAAGUUCCAGUCCAAACUUUGCUCUUUGCAGGCGGACAAGCGAGCACAUCACAACGCGCUGGAGCGCAAACGCAGGGACCACAUUAAAGACAGCUUCCACAGUUUACGAGAUUCUGUGCCUGCAUUACAAGGAGAGAAGAAUUCUAUUAAACAGGCUUCCCGAGCACAGAUUCUAGACAAAGCCACGGAGUACAUCCAGUACAUGAGGCGAAAAAACCAUACCCACCAGCAAGACAUCGAUGAUCUGAAGAAGCAGAAUGCACUGCUGGAGCAGCAGGUUCGUGCACUGGAGAAGGCCAAGGGGAACACUCAGCUCCAGACAAACUACUCUUCUGACAGCAGCUUGUACACAAACCGUAAAGGGAGCGCGGUGUCCGCCUUCGACGGCGGCUCCGACUCCAGCUCCGAGUCAGAGCCGGACGAGCCGCCCAACAGAAAGAAGCUGCGCGUGGAGCCCAGCUAGACUCGGGCGGCCCCCCCCAGCCCGGCUUUUGAGACUCUUUGUACCCACCAGCCCCAGCUCCUCUUACCUGUCCGCACUGAGUCCUGCCUUCUUACGCCAGUCCAGGAGACACGGUGGCGACUGUGUGAGAGAGGUGCUGUCAUGUAUAAAACGCUUCUACCUUCCUUUGUCCUCCUGGCAAGCAUCCUGUCACUCCUUUUGUGGCCCAGCAACAACAACAACUUUUAAGAUCCCCCAAAGUGAGGCAGCUCUGCAGUUUUGAAGAACUUGAUGCUUUUACAACCUCAUGGUAACCAUUCAUAAUCAAACGUGGAAAUGACAAGGUAUGAGGCUUUAGUAAAGCUACGAGAAAAACACAAAAACAAACAAAAAAAACUUUUCUUUGUUCUGGUUGUUUUGAACAACCUCUGCAAUCUGUUAGAGUUGUGAAACUUUCCCGCCUUUGACAAAUGCUAAUUAGGGAUAGUUUACCUUUUUAAUAUUCAUAUUUUUCCAGAAAAGAAUGUGAAGUUGCUUUUGAGAAAAAAAACAAACUGUCUGUUACGCAAGAUGCAACCCUCCUUAUUCAGUGUAGGUGGCUGAAGUUUUUGUCUUUGAAAUGUUUGUGUAAUCAAAUGAAUCCCUCUAUUUAUAGUGAUGCACCAAAAUUAAUUUCUUACCCUUAUAUAUAUAUUCUUAUGUCUGAUCUCCAUCGCGUUUGGCUUGAGAUUUUCCAGAGAACACGGGAGGAUGAACGGGUUGACCUGCUGUUUUGGUGGAUUUUCACAGGUUCAACGAUCCUCUAUUUUUAUUGUUAUUAUUAAAUAAAAUGUGGGUAUAAAAUAAUACAAAAAAAAUCCCCUAAUGGAUACUGAAUGUUACACAAUGCAGUUAAAGGGCAGUGACCUUUAUUUUUGUUAAUGGAAGUCCAUUUCAGUGUGUAGUAUAUAACACUGUAUACUCUUAAAUGGUGUCAGUUCUGCAAAGAAAAAGCCUUCCCUUGAAAUAUUUGCCUGUGCUGGGAACGUUUAUCUUUCUUUUGUUCUUUUUCUUUUUCUUUUUUUUCUUUUUCUUUUUUUUUUUUGCAGAGGUAAAUUAGUGUGUACGUAAUCGAUAUUUGUUUGUUCCAUUCCAUGGAAAUUACAGGUAUGUUGUACAUACUGCCAACGGUUGUCUUGCAAGUUGAGGCAUACCUUUAUUAUGAGACUAUAAAUAAAACUAUUUUAUCCUUUUUGGAUGUA